CAUGCUCCUGUGUGUACAUGUAACGCUUUACCGUAACCUUGCAACUGUCAUCUGCCGGUUUGCGAAAACUGAUUAGUAUAAUGAAUAUAAUUUGGUCACGUAAUUAUCAAAAAUGUCACGACUGUCUCGAUUGAGUUUAUCAUGAAAGAUUAGAAUGACUCAUCUGACUACUGCGUGCUUAUCCGUUAACAGAGGAUUGAUAGUUUUGUGUUUUGUUAGCUGUUAAAGAUAGUUUUAUGUCAUUUAUGAAAUCUUACAGAGGAUGUGGAACCUAAACUAUUUAAAAUUAAUAGAUCAGGGACGUUUGCUGUCUCAAGGACUUUGCAGCAACUACAUAACACGUCUUCGUCAAUGUGAAGGCAGUCAAACUAGAGGCUUAUUUCUAUUAAGCAGAAAUAAAUCUUUUGUAACUCAAAUACAAUCUGCUUCAAAACCACCCUGGAGAGUAUUGUUCUUUGGAAGUGAUGAUUUUGCAUUGGAAUCAUUGAAACAUCUUCAUGAUUCUCGAGAUGACUCAAAAGCUGGAGUCAUAGAUUCACUUGAGGUUGUGACGCUGUCCAGAGAUGCUCCAGUCAGAAAGUAUGCAGAGCAGCACAGACUUCCUCUUCACCACUGGCCAGAUGUGGACUUAAGUGCACAGUUUGAUGUUGGUGUGGUGGUGUCAUUUGGCUGUUUAAUCAAAGAGAACAUCAUCAACAAAAUGCCAUACGGGGUCCUGAAUGUGCACCCUAGUCUGUUGCCACGCUGGCGGGGACCUGCUCCAAUCUUUCAUACGAUUCUACAUGGUGACAGUGUCACAGGAGUGACUAUCAUGCAAAUAAGACCUAAGAGAUUUGACAUAGGCCCCAUUCUUCAGCAAGAGCUGUACGAGGUUCCAAAGAACUGCACUGCUGAUGAGCUUGGAGCCACUUUAGCGGUUGAGGGUUCUAGAAUGGUAACUGACCCCACCUCUUAA